AUAUCACUCGGCUCAGUCGAGAGCAACACGCCAUGGCCCUAGACAACUACUCCUACGACUGUUGCGUGUUCCCUCCUCUGGAUUGGGAGUGGGAGCUGCAAACCCUCGGAGGAACCGGAGAUGCCCUCGCCGCCGCUCAAGAAGCCAUCUUCCCGGCGACGCCAGGUGUGGAGUCGCCGGUCUCGUCGGAGGCUUCCAGUGGCUACCUGCAAGACGCCGUCGCCUACUGGGGCGACCGUUGCAAUAAGCGGCAGCGGAUGGGAGCCACGGCGCCUCCGUCUCGACGUCCGGCGGCGGUGAGCGAGGACCUGCAGUGCCUUCUUGAUAGCUUUUGGGUUUCUAGCGCCGAGCAGGGAGAUCUCUCCCAUGAUUUGAAUACCAAGACGAACCCGGAGAUGAGCUGCAGUAUUGUCUCAGAGGAGGACGGGGCAGGUGCAUCGGGCAGGGAGGAGCAGGGGCAGCUGCGGCAGGAGCAGGACGAGCAGAGGGGUCCGAGCAAGGCAAAGGCAGCACAGGUGUCAGCGGCGCAGGGCGGAGAAGAGGCAGCCGCAGUAGUCCCCCCUCCUCGCUUCUCCACCACCGUGCGAGCCGCUGCUCCCCUGCGCCUGCAAAAGGCCACUGCUGGCGCGCCCCACGCGGCAGCGCGUCGCGGCGAUCGAUCCCCGCCCGUCGACCGGUGCGAGCCCUCUCGUGCGGGUGCGGCCGCCACGACGGCGCCCGGCUCUUCUUGUCCCUCCUCGCCGCUGGCAGGCGGGUGGCUGACCGGGGAGAAGAGAGGCGCCGGAGUGCUGUACCCCUUUGCUGUUGUCAAGCCGCUGGGGUUAGACGACGGCAGAAUGACGACGCUAAGCGACGUCAACCAGAGGAUCCUGAAGAGACCGGCCAGGCCAGUCCGGCACCCUGUUGGCGCGUUUGCGUGCGGCCCCGCCGUGUCGGCACGCGGCCUAGGCCUGUCCGGCAAGGCAGUAAUUAGCCUUACGAGGAUCAGAACGGGAGGAAAGGGCGCCAUAACCAUCGUCAGAACAAGAGGCUGAAGGGAUCAACUGUUCUUUACCUUUUCAGGAAGAUGAACAAGACAGACCCGAUGGUCUUGGGAGGGUAGAAGCUACCCUUGUAAAUACAACCUAGGGUUUAAAUGCAUAUGCUGCUUAUAUAAUCCAUAUCUAUAUUAACAAGUUUAAUUCCCUCUGGUUACAUGCACAUAGGCAGCAGCCUAGGUAAAUGACAGGUGCUCAAUUUGAACUUCAACGGCUUGCCCCGAAGUAUCAUAUAUCUGGACGGCUGCAUCACCGGGUAGGCGUCUCACUAUAUUGAUCUAUCCAUUGUGCCAAGCAUGCACGAACCGUGUAAGACACAUCAUGAUUCAUGAAAC